AACCGCACAAGAACCGGAACCUGAGCCGGCCGGGGCGGGAUGGCGGCGGCGGCGGCGGGCGGCCUGGGCCCGGGCUCUGGCUUGGGCUGGACGGCCGCGAUCCGGCGGCUGCUGCGACAGUUCAGCUCCUCCCAGAGGCCAGGGUCCUCGGGGUUUCAGUGCCUCCCACUGGUGAUAGAAGGCCAGCAGGUGGGACUGGUGGUGCCAGCUGUUGCCCGAGAAUUGCGAGCCUUUCCUGAUGUGUUCGUGGAGGUGGCAGGGGGCCUGGAGCUUCGAGGGGGUCAUUGCCCCGAGGAGCGCACCGAGGCUGUGGCGGGGGUCCUGGCACAGCUGCGGGCCCAGGGUCGCCUGGCAAGGCUGGGGAGGUGGCGAGAUGAGGUAUAUGAGGUGCGGCCCAGUUUUGGAGCCCCAGCCUUACUGAACGUAGAGCGAGCAGCAGCCCCCUUGCUGGGAGUCCUCCAGUUCGGGGCGCAUCUCAAUGCCUUCGUGCGACGUCAAGGUGAUGCAGCAGGGUCCCAGGAGAUGCUCAUGUGGCUGGCAAGGCGGUCCCCUCACAAGGCCACCUACCCAGGCCUGCUGGACAACCUGGCAGCAGGAGGCAUAAGUGCUGGGCUAGGCAUCAAGGAAACCAUGGUGAAGGAGAGCUGGGAAGAGGCCCGGAUGCCCCCCGAGCUGGCAUCCAGGGCCCAGCCUGUGGGCUGUCUCAGCUAUACCUAUGAGGAGAUGGAUGGGGAAGAGUUUGGGGCUGUGGUUCGAGAAUGCCUGUUUAUCUUUGACCUAGAAAUGCCUGAAGACUUCACACCCCAAGUGGGAGAUGGGGAAGCGCAGGAAUUCUACCUCUGGCCCCUGGAUGAGGUCAGGGAAGCUGUGAAUUCUGGUAGAUUCAAGCCCAAUUGUGCCCUGGUGGUGGUGGACUUCCUGCUCAGACACGGCCUGCUGCAUCCAGACGAGGAGCCCUUGUACCCAGAGCUCGUGGCAGUGAUGCACCAGACCCUGUGAGCCAUGGCCAGGACACCAGCAGUUGGCAGGAGCAGGGAAGAGGGACGAAAGCCCAGAGGUGGGGCGCUUCUUCUGGUUUUACAGAAAGGGGUUGAGGAACCUUCUGCCCUCCUGCAGAAGGCAAGGAUGGCAGCUUCCCAAUGAAAGGCAUGAGAGAGUCAAGGCAGAACUGGGCUCAGAAGGGUCCUCCCAGAUCCAGGUGUCUGCCCUUGGACAUACAGGAAUCCAAAGAAGGGGGGCAGCUGGAUGGCGCAGUGGAUAGAGCACCAGCCCUGGAUUCAGGAAGACCCGAGUUCAAAUCUGACCUCAGA